CUGUUGGUAAAAAAGUGUUUUUUUUUAAACUCUAACCUCACAAACUCACGUUUAUAAUUUUCUUAUAAAAAGAAAUAAAAUAAAUUAACGUGUUCAUUAAAAUAAAAAUUAUUUCUAAGUAUUUUGUUGACAAUUAAUAAUUUAAAUAAUUUAAAAAUUCGCGCGCAUUAUUUUUAAAUAUUAACAGUACUUAUUAUCAAUAUAAGAUGCAUUUAAUAAACCAAAUAAUAAACACAUCAAUACCCCGACAAGUUAUCAAUGCAAAUUAUCGUAACAUUUCGAAAUUAACAGGAAUGAAAAGAGUAAAUAAACCAACGACUUUCCAGUUACUGUCAAGAGUAUGGAGUGGACAAUCUGGAGUACUAGCUGGCAAACAGGCUGAAGAAAAAAUGACUUCGAUACUGAGAAAUAAAUUUCCAAAGGCGCAUACUAUUGAAGUUAAUGAUAUUUCUGGAGGAUGUGGAGCAAUGUUUGAAGUAAAUGUAAUAACAUCUGAAUUCAAUGGACUGAGUACUGUUAAGCAACACCGACUUAUCAAUGAUACUCUUAAAAACGAGAUUAAAGACAUGCAUGGCAUAAGAAUCAGCACCGGACUACCAGAAGCUUCAUGAUUAUUCGUAAUUUAAUUUAUUAAAUAAUCAAAAUAAAUUUAAUUUAUAUAUUUAGUGUGACUUUUGUUAUUUUGUAGAUAGAUUAUCAAUGUAAAUAUCAAUACUUAUGUUUAAAAAUAAAUUUUCAUUUAUAAUUA